GGUCGUCGCUCCACAGAAGCGGGAAGAUGAAGUUUGUGCAGUUGUUUGGUCGUUUGAAAUCCGUGGUGAUCGGAAUGAUUCACGUCAAAGCCUUGCCAGGAACUCCUCUUCAUCGUAUGAAAGUGUCUCAGAUCGUGGAAGACGCCUGCAGAGAGGCGUCGAUCUACCGUGACGCGGGGAUCGACGGCGUGAUCGUGGAGAACAUGCACGACCUCCCGUACUCCUUCUCCGUCGGACCUGAGGUGUGCGCGUGCAUGACCGCCGUGUCCACCGCGGUCAGGGGUGUCUGUCCUCUGCUGCCGCUCGGCGUCCAGAUCCUGUCCUCUGCCAACCAGCAGGCGCUCGCUGUCGCUCUGGCCUCAGGUCUGGAUUUCAUCAGAGCCGAGGGUUUCGUGUUCUCCCACGUGGCUGAUGAAGGUCUGCUGAGUGAAGCCUGUGCUGGAGACCUGCUCAGGUACCGCAGGCGGGUCGGCGCUGAGCACGUGCAGAUCUUCACCGACGUCAAGAAGAAGCACAGCGCUCACGCUCUGACGUCAGACGUCAGCAUCGAGGAGACGUCUCGUGCUGCAGAGUUCUUCCUCUCUGAUGGAGUCAUCGUCACAGGAGCAGCCACCGGAGCGGAGGCCGACACUCGUGAACUCAGAGACGUUUCCCAGUCUGUGAGAAUCCCCGUGCUGAUUGGCUCCGGAGUGACCUACGACAACAUGGAGCGCUACCUCAACGCAAAUGGAAUGAUCAUCGGAUCUCAUUUCAAGGAGGGCGGACACUGGGCCAACGCAGUCGACCCGGAGAGGGUGAAGAGGUUCAUGGGAAAGAUGCGUGAACUUAGAGAAUGAAAGGAAAGUGUCUUCAAGAACAAUUCCAUUGUUUUGACUUGGAAAAAACUGAUUUUAGCCACUGAAUAAAAGGCUCACGUAAUAAAAUCUA